AUGUGUUCGUAUCAAACGAUAAAAUCUGAUUCAAUACACAAUUUAAGACGGCAAAUAUCUCAUCUUGAUUUAAUAUUGAAUCGAAAUCAUCGAACACAAAGAGAACUCGUAUCGUUUAUCAGCAACUUACGUCGACAGAAUUCUAAUGAACCUCAACAAGCAGCAUUUGUUACCGUAGAUUCACUGAAGGCACAACAUAUGAUAAAGGAACUUGAUUUGCAAUUGACAACAAAGAAUCAGAUAGACCCUUGCAUAUACGACAAUUUACUUGACCGUAUUCAACGUCUUGAACAAUAUUUGACGAAACCAUGCCAACAGUGUCAACUUUCGAAUUUGUCAAUGUUGAAUUCGAAUAACAGUGCAUCUGAUCAUCCAGAAUCGUCAUCACAACCGAUUAUUAUGCAAGGCCAUAUUCAGAACCAACCAGUAACUUUGUUCAAUAGACCCGCAGUUGAAUUAGUGAAUAGAUUACAACAUAUUCAUGACCGACGCAACUCUUUGGAAAAAUCCUACCAGAACGUCGUAAGCUCAUUAUUGGAUCGAAAUGAAUAUCUGUCAGAAAUGAAUGUCUUGUUAAAUAAAUACAACGAGCAAAUGCAUACAAUAGAGAAUUUGAAGUGUCUCGAAGACAUUUUACAACAUCAGAAUUGGGAAGAUAUGUAUAAAUCGAUCAUACAAAUCAAAACACAAGCAUUAUUUAUGUCUAAAUUGAUUGAACCGAAAGAUUUCAAUAGAAAUGACAAUUUCCAACAAGUCUCGAAAAUGCUCAAUGAAGCAUCAGGAGUAUUAUCGAUCGGUGACGUGUCUUCGAAGUCUAACACGAAAGAAAUGACACAAAAGGAAAGACCACUGAAAGUGAAACAGCGUAAAAAGAAAAAAUCGCCUAACUAA